UUUUACACGCAGCCCCCCUUGAGCGUAGCAUUUAACAUCUGGCGGAACAGCAGGAGGAAGGGUCGCUCUUUGGCAAGUGUAUGUCACACGCAAACACAUUUAUUUCCUUUACAAGAAACUGCAUCAGAUCAGGUGUAAGAACCUUUUAUAACAUGGCUGGAAAUGCUAACCAAGAAGGAAAUAAUGGGAAGAGAGGAGCUCUGAUAGUGAUAGAAGGGUGUGAUAGAACGGGAAAAACCACGCAAGCAGAAAUGCUGGUUGAAUCAAUAAAGAAAGAAGGCAAGCCUGCAAUAUACAUGAGGUUUCCAGAGAGAGGAACACAUAUUGGAGGUAUCAUCAGUAGUUACUUGUCAUGUGAAAAAGACUUGGAAGACCAUGCCAUACAUCUUCUCUUCUCUGCAAACAGAUGGGAAUUAUUGCCAAAGAUUUUAUCAGAACUGAAAAGUGGAACAUCAAUAAUUGUAGAUAGAUAUGCCUUUUCUGGUGUUGCCUUUUCUGCUGCAAAGAAGAAUAUGAGUUUGGAGUGGUGUAAGAAGAGUGAUGCUGGACUUCCAAGACCAGAUCAGGUGUUGUUUCUUAACUUGCAGCCAGAGGAAGCAAAAAGGCGAGGGCAAUUUGGAGCGGAACGUUAUGAAAAGGAAGAGUUUCAGAAACGCGUCUAUGAAAACUUCCAGUUGCUGAAGGAUGACGUGUGGAAGGUUAUUGAUGCAAAGAAGAGUGUUGAAGAUUUACAGGAAGUUUUAAAGACUGAGGCAUUAAAAACCAUAGAAAAUGUUAUGGAACAAAAUGAUGAACUAAAGAAGCUUUGGGUUUAAAGGUGUGAUUGUAAACAAUGUCUUAGACAUUGUCUGAGACAUUGACCUGAUGAUAUGGGCAUUUAAUUGUUUUUAUUUCAUUUUUUAAAUUCAUUUAUAGUCUGUUUAAGUAAUUUGUAAUUCAAGUUCAUUUUUAUUUUAAUUUAACUUAAAUGAUAUUCAAAAUGUGUCCUAGCCUGUCCAUGUUGACCAGAAACUUGCUAUCCAGCAUGCACCCAUUUGUUAUAGCACAGCAAGCUUAACCUUAAUACAGGCUUUUACCAGAUAAUUUAUAUCUAAGACCUAGAGAACAUUUGAAGGGAUGAAGUUAAGUGUGGCAAAUAUGACAAGAAUUUCUUAAUGCCAGAUAUGUGAUUUGCUUUUUGAUGUUAUAUCUUUAUCAGAAUCAUAUAAUUGAAGAGAUGUUGAUGUGUUGAAAUUACCUGAAUCUCCUACCAGUUAGUAUUAUUGAUUCUUAGGAUAUAGGUUAAAGCUCUGUUGUACUAAGUCCCAAAUGGUGUCUACAGAUUUUAACCUGUUGGAUCUGGGUGCCUUGCUCCCUGCACAUGGCCCACAUUUGGGCAUCAGGCUUACUUGAGUGGUGACUCUUGUGAGUGUGUGGUUUGUAGGCCAAGGUGUGAAGACUCCUUGCCUAUAUUUUUCAUUUGAAAUCCUGUAUCAAGAUUGUUGUCUAUAACAGUAACAAUUUUCUUAUGUGUCAUUUUUAAGAUGUUUUUUUUUUUUGUAAUACACUAUGAUUCACCAGUACAUUCUACACUCAUUUAUCAAUGGAAAUAAUGCAUUGAAAUUCUGGAUCUGGGUGACUGGCUCCCUGCAUGUGGCUCAAAAUUUGGGCAUCAUGUUUAAUUGAGUGGCAACUCUUGUGGCUUGCAGGCCAAGGUAUUAAGUCUCCUUGUUUAUGUUUUUCAUAUAAAAUUCUGUUUCAAGAUGGUAAUCUAUAAUAAUAACAAUAGCAAUAAGUAACAUUUUGUUCUGUCAUUUUUAAGAUUUUAGUUUUUCGGUAAUACAUAUGACCACCAGUGUAUUCCAUACUCAUUUACCAAUGGAAAUAAUGCAAGAGUUCCUUCCUUAUUGCCCACUACAGUGCAGGAGGUUUGUGCACUCAUGGCAAGUCAUUCCCAUCA